AUGAAAGCCUCAUUCAAUUCAACUUUUGUUUUCAAUAUUCAUCCAAUAACCUCUCCUAGUGGUGAGGGAUUUGCUUUCAUACUAGCAUCUAACACUUCUCUUCCAAGCAGCAGUGCAGGCCAAUGGCUUGGUAAUGUCAACUCAACAAGCAUACGGGUAAGCAACAUAGUUGUAGUGGAGUUUGAUACAAGGAAAAACUAUGAUGAAGACAUUGAUGACAACCAUGCGGGGUUGGAUGUAAAGAGCAUCUAUUCCAUCCAGCAACAACCUCUUGGACCACAUAGUGUUAAUCUUUCUAGUGGCAUUGACGUUGUUGCUACUGUUUACUUUGAUGCUAAAGAUGGGAAAAUGAGCAUUUUUGUUUCUACAUCAGAUUUGAGGUUGAAAAAACCAUUGCUUGUAGUGGAUCUUGAUCUCUCUAAACUGCUUCCAAAAGAUGUUUUUGUGGGAUUUUCAGCUUCCACAGGGGAACAAGGGGUGGAGGAAGAUCUCAACAUAGAGCUUGAAAUUAAAAGCUCAUAUAAUGCUCCUCAUAAGUUUCGGCUGAAGGAACUUGUAUCUGCCACAAGGAAUUUCCACUCAUCAAACAAACUAGGGAAAGAAGGAUUUUGCAUGGUUUACAAAAGCACAUUGAAUGGUAAAGAUGUUGCUGCGAAGAGGAUUUUGAGGAACUCACGUCAUAGUAAGCAAGAUUUUAUGGUAGAAAUCACAACCAUAUGGAAUCUCAAUCACAAAAAUCUAGUGAAGUUAAUAAGGUGGUGCUAUGAAAAGGGUGAGAUCAUCCUUGUGUAUGAGUUAAUGCAAAAUGGUAGCUUGUACAAAUUCAUUUUUUCAACAUUUGGAGGGGAUUCAAUUUUGAGUUGGGAAAUGAGGCUCAAUGUUAUAUGUGGAGUUUCUACAGGACUGGAUUAUCUUCACAAUGGAUGUGACAAAAGAGUGCUACAUAGAGACAUAAAACCAAGCAAUGUGAUGCUGGAUUCGGACUUCAAUGCUCAGCUUGGAGACUUUGGCUUGGCUCGCACAGUUCAUCUCAGCAAAAAAACUCACCACUCAACAAGAGAAAUUGUUGGAACACCAGGGUACAUGGCGCUGGAAAGCUUCUACACCCGAAGGGCUUUGGUUGAAACCGAUGUCUAUGCAUUUGGUGUUCUGAUGUUGGAAGUUGUGUGCAGCGGCAGAAGAAAGCCUGAAUACAAACUGGACCUAAGAUGUUGCAACGACAUUGUGGACUGGGUUUGGGAGCAUCAUUUCAAGGAAAACAUAACUGGUGUCGUGGAUUUGAGACUAAAUGGUGAUUUUGAUGAGGCUUAA